AUGAAAAAUAUAAAUUUAACAAAACAGACUUUAUUUGUUGCCCCAAAUAUACACGAUAUUUACACUAAUCAAUAUAACAGUGUUACUGAUAUGAAACAUAUAUUUGGACUCAAUAAAGUGACUAAAUUAGAAAACGAAUGUUUCAAAAAUUGUAGUUUACUUCAAGAACUUUCAUUUUGUGAAGAUGUAGAAAUUGGUGUUGGCUGUUUUGAAAAUUGUAUAUCACUCACAAAACUGAAACUUCCACAUAAUAACAGAAAAGUUAAAUUUGUUCCUACAUCAGAAGAAACACAAUUGUUGGAUAAAUUUGGUUAUAAAUAUGAUAGCGUUAUUUUUAAUUCAACAGCAACAAAUGGGGUUGCUAUAUUUAAAGAAAUAGAAAAGUGUAAUUUUCCCGUUGAAAUAAGUUGUGAUUUAUCAAGAAUGAUUUUUUAUCGAAAGGAAUUACAAAAGUUGAAACUCCCAUCGAAUGUUACAAAAAUAGGCAAUAACUUUUUUGGUCAAAAUCCAAUUUGUGAAAUUGAUUUGGGAAAUGUUAAAGAAGUUGGAGAUGAAAUUUUUGGAGAUCACCAAAUUUCAGUCACAAUUCCAACAACUUUGACAAAAAUUGGACAAAGAAUAUUUGAUAAAUGUGACAGACUUCAGAGUGUAUUAAUGAGGGGACACAGGCCUUUUGAUGGUCUUAUAAGUCUUGACAAAAUGAAAUAUUUUGGAUAUUUGCAUGUCAAAUUCACAAACGUAGAAGUUCCUUUAAAUUUUAUAGAAAAGUUUAAACAUAAACAAGAUGUAAAAAUAGCAUUAAGUAUGUCAACAAAUGACAUUGACUUGUCAACUUUUAUAAUGCCAAAUAUUGUCUAUUCUGUUGGUAUCUUAUGUUUCCAUCAUUUUUACAAAUUAAAUAAAAUAGUUUUCUCUUCUAAUUUGUCAUCAAUUCGAAGUAAUGCAUUUGUAAAUUGUGUAAAUUUAAAAAUCAUUGAACUUCCACAAAGUCUAAAAAGUAUUGAAAAUUGGGCUUUUACCGAAUGUGGUAUAACUAAAAUUGACAUUCCAAAAAGUGUGACUUUUGUUGGUGAAUGCGCUUUUGCAUGUUGUGAAAAUCUAAAAUUAGCGACUUUCCCUGAAAAUGUAUUUGAAGAACAAAAUGUAUUUUUGAAAUGCUUUAUGUUAACAAAUGUAAAUGUAGUUGAAAAUGACCGAAAGUGUUCCAAAAUUAAUUCCAUUUUUAAAGGAUGUACUUCUUUAAAAGAAAUUGUUAUGCCAAACAGCGCAACUUCGCUCAAUUACAACUCAUUUUCAAAUUGUUAUUCACUUUCAAAAAUUGUUAUUGGACAAAAUACGAAAAAAAUCAGAGAAAGGUGCUUUGAAAACUGUUCAAAUUUAUCAGAAAUCGAAAUUCCUAGUUCUGUAACAUUUAUUGAUGACUUUUCAUUUCACAAAUGCAUAAAACUACAAUGCGUGAAAUUCUCAAAAAGUGUUUUAAACAUAUCUCCAACAGCAUUUUUUGAUUGUGAAAACUUGAGUACAAUUACAGUUAAUGGAAACAAAAUAGAAGAAAUUGACUUUCCAGUUUCAUAUCAUGUUGCUCAAAUGUUUAUGAAAAACUUAUUGAAAUGCAACAAGAUUUUCUUUGUUAAAAGUGACAUUCAAAAAUAUUUAAAAAUUGUUGAAAAUGACAACACUAAAAGUGGGAUUAUACCAAAUGGUGUCGUCCAACUCGGAGAAUAUUGUUUUAAAAAUUACAAGAAAGUUGAUAUUAUAAAUGUACCCAUAACUGUAAAAAGAGUUGACAGUUUCUGUUUUUUUAAUUCAAUUCACAAAACCAAAGUGAUUUUUAAAGACAAAGAAAAUGUCAGUUUUGGUAAUUUUUUUAUCAUCGUUUUUUGUCGCAUUCAAAAUGAUUAA